GGAUACUCGAGUUUUGUCAGUUCAGUCGUUGGUUGCACAAUGGCGUGCGCGGUCGGUGUUUGCUUAUUCUGUUGCCGCCGUAGUUUCUGAGCGGAGGUCGGCCCAACGUUGGACCGUCCGUUGCGCGGAAUAUCACAUUUUCCGCCCCUAUUGACCUCUACUCCUUGUUUCUUUUUCUCAUCGAUUUCGCAUCUGCGUCUCGUUCGAAGAAAACAAAUCAACCACCAAAAGAGGAUCCUGAGGUAUAAUAUUGUGAGAAACACCAUCGCGCGCGCGAAAACCAAUUUUGCCGGUAGUAACCGGAAAUUCGAUUUCGGGCAAACGGUCGCUAACAACGUCUUGGAAGAUACCACCCCCGUUCAGGAACAGUCGGCGAACAAAGUUUUUUUCUUGUUUUGGAUAUCUAUGAUAACGAAGAAGAGGAAUAACUUUCUCAUUAAAAAGGACCUAUUCAUCCGGGUGACUCGACAUUGACGGUCAGCCACCUUUCGAAGAUCUCUAUCCGUCCCAAGGAUUUCAUUGAGGGAUCCACAUAAGGUCAUACGCGCACAAAAUUGACCUUUGCAGAAAGUCAUCAGCUUUCGCAAGCAAAUCAACAUUAUCAACAUAAUCAGCUUUAUUUAUGCAACUCUAUAUCAUCCACAUGUUCAGCCUCUACUCUGAACCACCCAAGUGUUCGUGUUUAGCUAGCUCAGUGUCGAAAAUUUUCGAGUUUGACGUGAAUCUAAAACACACCCGUUAUCGCGGUGUUAGUUAGCUCUGUGUUAUAACUUCCACGGAAGGGAAGAAAAAAGCAAAAAAAAAAAAAAGGUUGUGAAAAGAUAAGUGUACGUUGCGUGUUUUUGUGUUGCGGUGAGGUACCAGUUCGCGCAAUAUGAGAGUGGCUGUGAGCAGGCAACAUCCCUUGCAUCUUCAAGUGACGCAAACGAGCAAUGGAAAGUUCCUCGUUAGGAAUCAUCAGGAUGUUCAGCAACCGAAAAAGAGUGAAGAGACAGCAACGGUCUCACCGGUUGUGUUCCCAAGUUGUGAACCAGUUAAGACUGCCCACCAAGGACCCACUAUCCUUGGAGACCGAUUCCUUCUCCUUGGUCCGGCUGAAGGGAGCACACUGUACAGAUGUGUGGAUGUGAAAACUGGUCAGCACCUUGUUGCUAAGGCUCUGACUACAGGGGACAGGGGUGGUGAAGCCCUUUUACAAGCUCACCUGCGCCUGGAGGGAACCGGAGCCACCAGUGGUGUGGCAGGUGUGGUAGAUGCACCCGGAGGUCGACGGUACCUUCUCCUCGAGGGUCACCACGGCGACCUACACGCCUACGUGAGGGCGCGCAGAAGGUUACGAGAACCGGAGGCAAGGAGACUUUUCCGUCAAGCUGCCAGGGCCGUCGCUAAGUGCCACCAAAAUGGAGUUGUUCUCAGGGAUCUCAAGCUUAGGAAAUUUGUCUUUGCCGAUGAAGCACGAACACGACUUCGGCUCGAAAGUCUGGAGGACGCAGUAAUCGUGGAGAACUCGGACGACAAGUUGACGGAUCGUCGCGGAUGUCCGGCGUACGUGGCGCCGGAAGUGUUGUGUUCGGGGCGAGCUUACUCCGGAAAGGCGGCCGACAUCUGGUCUCUAGGAGUCCUUCUUUUUACAAUGCUUGUCGGUCGUUACCCCUUUAAUGGGGCUGAGCACGCCUCCCUCUUCGCCAAGAUCUCCAGAGCCCAAUUUUCCGUACCGGAAGGCCUCAGUUCCCGAGCACGCUGUUUGGUGCGUGCCCUCCUCAGGCGGGAUCCCACCGAGAGACCUGAUUCAGAAGACCUCACUCGACAUCCUUGGCUUGUAAGGCCCAUCAAAUCCUCCUCCGGAAGAUCCUCACACGACCAGCUCGUUCCAGAGCCCACCAAUCUUUCUCAAGACUGACUACUCAACUUCUCCAAGAGAAUUCCGCGCGUCAUUUUGCGUUAUCAUUUCCUAACUUCUAAUCAGACUUUCCUGCAUUCAAACUAUUGUCUUCGUUACUUGCAAUUUUUCUUGUGAGCUAAGAAGCUGAAGCGAGACUCAUUUUUAGGAAUUAUCAAUUUCAUCAUGCUUGCUUGACAAUGAGUAGAAAGGUCUCUGGUUAGUCUAAUCCAAAUUGGGAAAGCAAUCCUUAUUUGGCGAGCAAUUCUUAAUUGGAGGCAAUCCUGACUUUCAUGAUGAAAUAUAAAGGUUUUAAUUUUGAUUGUGUUCAAAUUAGAAAGGAUUGAAAGGAUCCAAAGUUUUAAAUUAAAUAGAAAAUUCUAAUUCUACUUGGAAAAGCAAUUCUUAUUCGGAAAGAAAUUCUUAUUUGGAAUGCAUUUCUUAUUUGGAAUGCAAUUUUUAUUUGGAAGCAAUCCUAAAUUUCGUGCAGAACUAUACAUGGUUUAAUUUUUAUUAUGUUUAAAUUAGAACGCAUAGAUAGAAUCCACCGGAAUUUUUCUCUCAAAUGGAUUAUUAUUAAAAUUAAAAGCGAUUUUAUUUAAUUUAUUACACGAAUUCUGAGUUGGAACAGGUAAUUUGUUAAAAAAAUCAUUAUUCUCACUUGUGAUAGGGAAUUUUUCAAAAAAAAAAAAAAUAUAUCAGGGUGUCUACUCUACCCAGAAAAUAUGGAAUUGUCAGGCAUUUUUUUUCAAGUCGGAGAAAUUUUUCGCGAGCGUGCCUAAUUUUUUUUUUAAUUGCAAUAGAAAAUUCUAUAACAAUGAUUCUUCGCUUGUAAAAGUAGCUCUAUAUUAUUGUUUUCAAUUAUUUUGGGGAAAGCUCGUUUUUUUCUGUUUGAAAUUAAUUUUUUUUUUUAUUUGAAAAUUUAAUUAUUCUAUUUGUGGUGAAAAAUGAAUCGUUUUUAAUUGAAAUCUCAAAUAUAUCGUUGAAACUGCAUGUGUUUUGUUUGGAAAUUUAUCAUUUCGUUGGCAAUAUUUUCUCCCUCUUAAUGAGAGAAAAAUAUUUCAUAGUUAGAAAUUUAACUCAUUUUGAAAAGUCUUCUCUUGUGGUUGAUUCAAACUGUUUUUGAUUGAAAUAUUAACUAAUACAUUUUUUGUUCGGAAUUCAUCUUUUUUGGA